UCGAUUUCUGAAACGAAACAGAAGAGAUACAAGAAGAACCACCGGUUCGAAACGCGCGCGCGUGUGUGUGUGUGUGUAUGUGUGUUUGAUUGUUUUUUUUUCGAAUUAUCGCUGAAAGAUGCACGUCACCUGCAAGUGCCUGAACGUGUCCGUCAGGUCCAGGAGCAGCGAGAUGCAGCGGAUCAACGUCGACAACUUCGAACUGACCGAUCUGGAACGCGCCGAUGCUUUCUUUCGGGAGGAUUUAGCAAGUGUACCAGAAUUGGAGACUAUUACUAAAGAACAACCUGGUUUAGUGGAAAUAAGAAAUGUGGGAUCAUGGAUAAUACAUCGUUGUUACAAUUGCUCAAUGUACACUCAUGCUGUUCACAAAGAGUUUGGUGCUGCUUUAGUUCUUAUCAAUAGCAAUAUUAUUUCAUCUCCUGAUGAAAUCAACAAAUUAAAAUCUAAUCCGGAUUACAGCCCUGUGUUUAGGAUAGUAAUUAAUUACAGUUUGGAAGAUCUUGAUGACUAUCUGCAACAGCCUAACAAAUUUUCUGUUUCGCAAUUACCUAACACCGUUCAAGUGGCUCUAGGCGGUUUACAACGACAAUUAGAGGAAGCUAUACAACGCCAAACAGCGGCGAUCGAAGACAAAAUACGUUCAUUUACUGCAGAGCAAUAUCAGCUGUUAGAACAAUUUCGUGAGAGAGCACACAACGAACAUAGGCUGUUAUCAAAGCUAGUAUGUAGAGGAGAAGAGACAAAUAGGGUAACUAAUAAUAUAGAAACUCCACCAACGACUCCUGACAGCUUUAAGAACACCUUGACUACCUCUGCAGCUAAUAUAAUAGAUUCAAAGUCAACUGUAGAAUCCAAUGAUGUGAAAGUUUCUACUGGCUUGAACGUUAAACACGAGACAGUCACUAGAGCUUCUUCUAAAGGUUUUACUAAUGAUGAAAGUACAAAAAAGAAAAAUUCAUUAUGUAUUUCUAAGGAAUCAGCUAGUUUCGAUACAGAAACAUUGUUUCCUUUUGAGGGAGUGGAGGAUACGGAUUCGGUCCAACAAACACUCCUGUUGUCCUCAGAAGAUGGAUCUGAUACUGAUGAUUCAGGUCAAAAUGAAGGAAUUCACAUGCCAAGAAGUCAACGGGAUGGUCAUUCUACUUUAGCCAAAUCGCUACCUGUUACCGUACCUGCUUUCCCGGCAAUUGUUCGUCGAAGAAUAGAGGAUCAAGACGACGACCAGUUGCCAAGUGACCCGUUAGAUCCGCACAACAUUCAAGCUUCAAUUAAAGCCUUAACCAGAAGCGUCCAUGGUGAUGCGGUGUUUGGAGACUUACCACGUCCUAGAUUUUCUACUCAGAUCUGACUUACCGAAUAUGACGAGAGAAAUACACGCGACACUUCUUAGUGUGUGUGUGUGCUUUUGAUACAAUAUAUCAUAGUGUCUAUCAUCCGUCAUUUUUUGUCUUUCAUAUAAAACUUUACCUGUACAGAUAUAGGAUAGCCGUGGUCGAUUCUGUAGAAGCGCAGAACGGUGCGUGCAUAUUUUCUAGAAACUCAAGAGUAUGCCUUGACCCCCCAAAAAAAAGUUUUGGCUAUCUAGAUUUAUUGGAAAUGAUACAAAUAUAUACGUUAAAAAAAAAAAAAAAAGAAAAAGAAAAAGAAAAAAACAAAGAACUUUAUACACCGUCUAAAGUUGGAAACUACUCGUGCAGAUAUCAGUAAAACGGUUGAAAACAAAGAUGUUUGCAAUAAAUUUACAUAAUUGCCUAAAUAUUGCUGCAUAAAGAAAAUUCGGCGCAACAAUCUGGAAUUUUAUAAAUUUUAUUCUGAUACAUAUAUGCUCACUCAUCAAUGUGUCAUGCACUAUAUAGCAGACUGAAUGUUUUAUCGCAAGUCGUGUAUAACUUGAGAUGAUUUGAUGUUACUUGACGCGUACGAAUGUAGAGAGAACUGUUAUUGAUAUAUUAACAAAUAGAAUCCAAGUCGCGCGCUACAAUUACUUCGAAGUGUUAUUCUAUCUUGAUUACUCACGACAUACGAACGAGUAUGGAACAAUAAUCCGAAGCGUUUGCGGCCCAACUUGGAUUCUACUUUUAAUCGCGCUCCUAUUUUAUAUUGCCGACAUCCAUAUGAAUUGUUAUAUUUAGCAUUAUUAUAUUUUCUCCUGUUGUGUGUUGAAAAAUGGAAAUGUAUUCGAGUCGAACGUUGGAUAUUAAAUUUGUAUGAUGAGGCUUUAAUGGACUUGGUUGAAAGUUAAUCAACUUAAAAUUGUUGUUUCCUCACGUGAAAGUUAAACGUGUUUUUUCUCUCAUUGUGCUGCUGUAAAAUGUGUAAUUUUCGAAAGAUUCGGAAUUAAGUUACAUGUGUGAGAGAUAUGUGCAGAACAUUAAUAGCGCGCGUCUAUCGUGUCUAUAAGUUACUGAUAAAGCAGCAAUUGUGUCAAUUAUGCAUAAAGAGAAAUGCUUUAUAAAACUACAACAUACAAAAACGGGCGAAUGAGUGUAAUAUGCGAUAUUACACACCAGUGAUUAUAAUUAAAAAAGAAGUAUAAAUUAUACUUUCUUACACACAUACAUAUAUAUAUAUAUAUAUAUAUAUAUAUAU